ACAACUUGCCUCAACAACUCUCACCUUCAGCAACUUCAAUCACAGAACCUCUCUUAAGAACUCUCACAGAGACUCAAACUCUCAUACAUAUUUAGCAGCAAAACAUUGCUCCUCUCACUCUCAUACAAUCUCAGCAGUACAUUUGCACAUCAUUAUGUCAAGUGCACAAUCUUUGAAGAAUAUUGACAUAAAUGUAUACUUCGGUGGACACCUUUACAAUCCUGAAGGGAUUGACGGAUUCCCAUUUAGAGGGGAGGGUAUCGAAUGCUACUACAUGAUGUUACGUCGUAAGUUGAAGACGUUGACUGAUUUGAAGAGGAAAAUAAUGGACGAAUUGAAAUUGAACCCUGCUUGGUAUGACAUCAAGAUUAUUUAUCGUUGCCCACAAGAAGUUCUUCAUGAACGGAUAAAUUAUGGGUAUAUGGCGAUUAAAGAAGAUAAACAUGUAAAGAUGAUGUUUAGUAGGAUCCAGAAAAUGCCCCAAGUAAAUGCUGCUGAGUUGUAUGUAAGUUUGGAGGCGAGUGUAGACAACAGUACUGAGGUGGUGCAAGAAACAUCUACGGCUUUACAAUUUACAACCCUAGAUGAUGGAUGCACUACAAUGGGAGGUUAUACGCUCUCAUCUCAAGAUUAUGUUGCGAAUACUGGUGGAACCCUCUACUCUCAAGAGACACAUUUAGAGGAGGAAGACGAAGACGAAGACGAAGACGAAGAUCAUGCUGUGAAUGAUGGUGAAAAUAAUGAUGAUAUGGAUCAGUACGAAGAGAGGAUUGAGCGAGGUGACUUUGAGAACGAUGUGGAUGAGCAUGAAGUCGUUCCUAAUUUUGAAGAGGAAAAUAUGGAGUACCAUGAUGAAGGUGAUGCAGAUGAUGAUGAUAUUGGUGUCCAGCAUGAUACAGAUACGACCACUGGCUACAGACCUCCUGCGGACUCAUUCUACGCAAAUACUUGGGAAAAUAUGGUUGAUCCUUCACGUCUUCAGAUACCAUAUCUUUGUACUUGGCAAGAUGGGAUGCAUUUUUGUAAAGGGUUGACUUUUGCAAAUAAAGCUGCGGUGAAGCGUGCAUUGAUAAUAUACGCAGCAAAGGAUAAUAGAAAUUUCUCCAUCCAAAGGUCGAGCACAACUGAAUUGUGCGCCGCAUGCAUUGACGACAAUUGCAAGUGGUACGUUGGGGCAUACAUGAAGCCUAAAUUCAAUGGUCUGUGGAUGGUCACGUCUUAUGUGGGUCCACACAGUUGUAUACCCUUUGGGCUGCGAAGAGAUGGUAGAAUGAUGGAUUCUAAUUUUGUUGCAUCAGAAAUUGUGGGAAGAUUGCGAAAAAAGCACACUGCUACUGUUGAUGAGCUUUGGGAGAUCAUCCGUAUUAAGUAUGAUCAUGAGCUUUCUUACUAUAAAGAUUCGGGUACCCAGUAUAGCUAUCACACCAUACCUAAGCCAUUAGAAGGUACUACGUUACUGCGCUAUGUAUAUUGGGCAUUCGCUCCAUGCAUUGCUGCAUUCCAGUAUUGCAGGCCAGUGAUCAGUAUUGAUGGAACUCAUUUAUAUGGUAAAUACAAAGGGGUAUUGAUGAUUGCAAUGGCAACCGAUGCUAAUCAAAAGGUUUUGCCUAUCGCCUUUGCUGUUGUGGACAAGGAGUCAGGGGCUAGUUGGGGGUGGUUUUUAGAGUGUUUCAGGACUUCGAUAGAGCGUGUUAUUGAAAAUAAGGACAUUUGCAUUAUUUCUGACCGACAUAAAGGUAUCAAAUGCGCCAUUCGAGAGUGGCCUAGAGGGCAAGACAGAAGAGAACGGGUAUAUCAUCGAUAUUGCCUUCGACAUGUUGCUAGCAACUUCAACACACAUUUUAAUAACCCGACUCUAAAGGCAUUGGCCUUGAAAGCUGGAUAUGCGACUCAUGAUGCUAAAUUUGUGUCCAUAAUGCAAACCAUUAAGGAGGCCGAGAUUAAUUUACUGAGGGGUGUAGACCCUACUGAUCGCCGGAUUAUACGUUAUAUGCCAUACACAUAUCUAAUGAGUGAGGAUGUAGACAAAUGGACCCAGUCACAUGAUGGUGGAAGACGUUACGGGGCAAUGACAACCAAUAUCUCUGAGUGCUUUAAUGGGGUUCUUAAAGGUGCCCGCGGUUUGCCCAUUGCUGCAAUGGUUGAGUUCACUUAUUUUAAACUUGUUGCAUAUUUCCACGAUCGACAUAAACAAAUUACUUCUGAUCUCUCUCGAGGUAAGGUGUGGAGUGAUUAUGCAAUGGAGAUCUAUAACAAAAAUGAGCAGAAAAUUGCAGGACACACUCUGAGGAAUUAUAAUCAUGCAGAGGGUAUAUAUCAAGUGGUUACCCCGUAUAACGACCAUAGAGCUGGAGGGGGAAAUCACAGUCAUGAUGUGCGCAUAUUUGAUAGAACCUGUGGUUGUGGAAAGUGGCAAAACUUGAAGAUCCCUUGUUCGCAUGCAAUUAAAGUUCUUAAAGCUCUGCAUCUCGAUGCGCCCAGCUAUAUUGACCCAUGUUACAGUCUGAACAACGCCAUUCUCACAUAUUCACAUAAUUUUGUGGUGCCAAAGUCAGAGUCAUUAUGGAGAGACGUUCGCGGACCACGGUGGGUGCCUGACCCACGAUUGUUGCGGGCCAAAGGUCGUCCUACGAUGUCAAGAAUAAGGAAUGAAAUGGAUGGGAGUGCCAUCUCUAUUCUUUUAACCAAGCACGACAAAAUGGAGUGGUGGAAAUCUAUUGUGAAAGGUGAUCCUGAAAUCGAUACUCAGAAGGUCGAACCUGAGUCCAGCAAACUAUCAGACCUGGAUCCAGAAACAAGGCAGACUGUUGAAAAGAUGAUGUUUGAUCAGAGGCAGAAGACCAUGGGGCUUCCAAGCAGUGAUGAGUUGCAGAAACAGGAGAUUCUGAAGAAAUUUAUGGCUGAGCAUCCGGAGAUGGACUUUUCGAGGGCAAAGUUAGCAUAAAUGGGACGGAUUCUGUUGAUCCUUUUUGGCAGCUAUAACUCAACCUGGCUUUCUCAUUUUAAUGUUGUUGGAACUUUUUCUCCCCCUUUAAUCCUCUGGUUCCUGAGGGUUAGAAUGGUUGACUCUGUUCAUAUGACCUGUUGGCUAAACUAUGGAUUCAGAUGAUAUUUUACAAGAUGAAAAAUAGUAAAAUUGUAGUGUUUGUGGUGGGUUUUUUU